GAAGGGAUGAUUGCAACACAAAAGAGCAAGGGAAUAUGGGAGGCAGAAGAAAAUAAUCUUACCUUGGAAGUCUCCCUGUUUUACCCGCAGAGGUGAGCUGUGCUGGCCGCACCUUGCCUUUCAGAGCAAGGCCAGGGAGUGCUCUCUGACUCAAGCAGGAGAGCACUCACAUCGCUUUGCAAGCCAAGCUGAGGGAAAGGAAUUUGCUCGGCUGUGCUGGGAAGGCUUUGAGAACCUCGUCUUUCCUCCGGUUAGUGAGCAACUGGAACAAGUUACCCAUGGAGUACAAAGUUGUCUUCCCGAUGCACGGCCCCAGCUGGCUGGGUGCUGUGCUCUUCCUUGGGGUCCAGCUCCCAGCACUGUGGCCUGUGGCAGCCAUGGAAGUUCACACUUCCAAGGAGGUGAAUGCUGUGAACGGCACUAACCUGCGGUUGAAAUGCACCUUUUCCAGCAGCAGCCCUAUCAGCCAGCAUCUGUCGGUGACCUGGAACUUCCAGCCUGAGGACCUGGGCUCUCAUGAGCUAGUAUUGUAUUACCUGCAGGAGCCCUACAAUCUGCCUACUGGACGGUUUAAAGAGCGAGUCACCUGGGAUGGGAAUAUUGAGCGUAAUGAUGUUUCCAUCAUGAUCUGGAAUUUGCAGCCCACUGACAACGGGACAUUCACCUGCCAGGUGAAGAACCCCCCCGAUGCUAAUGGGGUGAUUGGUGAAGUGCGACUCAGAGUUGUGCAGAAAGUGCACUUCUCAGAAAUCCACUUCCUGGCUGUGGCCAUUGCGUCUGCUUGUGUUCUGAUGAUCAUUGUGGUGAUGGUUGUGAUUAUCUGUCGACACCAUCGGAAGAAAGCACAAGAGAAGAGGGUCGAGGGGACAGGCACUGAACUUAAAGAAAAGGAGAGUCUGAAGGCGAGAGAAGAAAAGGAAGACAGCCCAUUAGAAGAUUAGGGGUCUUUGAUGGUAUCCACUGCAGGUAUCCGUUCAAACAUUCUCUCAUUAAUGUCCUGGUGUUUCCGCAGGCCUUUGAAGGCAGUUUUACUUUGGUGUUUCACUUCUAGUCACAAUAGCCGGUGCUAACCAUAAGCAGAAACAACUGAGACCACAAUCACACUGUGCUCCUGAGGAGCCUUCAGA